UCUCUCUCUCUCCCGUAGACCCCAUUCCUUUCUCCUCGUCUCUCUCCCUCUCUCGCUCUCGCUGUAGCUUCAAAUAUGAACGGCGGCGGCGCUAGGGUUUCGAUCCCGCCGAGCGUGCGGCGGACGAUCCAGAACAUCAAGGAGAUCGCCGGCCACCACACCGACGAAGAUAUUUACUCGAUGCUAAAGGAGUGCGCCAUGGAUCCCAACGAGACCGCCCAGAAGCUCCUCCUCCAGGACACUUUUCAUGAGGUGAAAAGGAAGCGCGAUAAGAGAAAUGGGAAUGUGAGAGAGCAUUCAGAUCGUAGAUGGAGGCCAGGGGCAUUAGGGCGAGGAGGUGGCGGAGGUCACCAAAACUUUUCUAACCGCUACUUAUCCAAUGAUGUUGCUGACAGUAGAAACAUUACUUCUGGUAAGGAGAAUGGAGCGGAACAAGGCCCAGACAAAGACACUACAUCUGUUUUACCUAUUGGUACUGGCAAAGGGAACAAAUCUACAACUUUCAUCUCAAGCACUGUAUCUGGCAUCACAAACAGUCACAACGAAACAGAUAUGUUGUUGUCAUCUCAGGGAUGUUUGUCCCAGGUAUCUAGUGAUAGUACCAUAACCUCAAGGGAAGAAUGUUCUGCUAAAACCAAUCUUGUGACUGUGCCAUCACCUGUUGGCUGUAGCCCAGGUAAACUGGGUACUAUCAAGCAUGUAAUCCAGUGUGGAGAAACAGUUGCUGAAAUGGCGACGAACAAGGUUGUGUGCGAUGCUGUCUCACCUCUGAUGGGAAAAGGGUCCAAAGAAAUGAGCAGUUCAUAUGUAAAUCGAGAGAUCCAGGUUAAGUCAAAAGGAUCUGAAGCAAAUCAACUCACAGGUGCUUCUGAAGCUGCAUUUUCAUCUUCUGAAAUGGGACCUACAGGAAGCAGAUCAUCUAAUUAUGGUAACCAUUCCCAGCAGCCAGUUGGUUCACAGAAAGCAGUUGUUCCUAAUAAGGAGUGGAAACCAAAAUCAGCACACAUGGAUCAUACCCAGGCAUCUGGAAUUGCUGGCAAUUAUGAUGUACCUAUGAUGGGCAAUGCUGUCUCUCAGUCAGUAUCAGUGCCAGCCUCAUGCUCUGUUGAACUGGAGGAAACUAUUUCAAAGCUUGAAAAGAAGCUAGAUGAAAUGCAACUCUCAGUUAGACAACAUGUGAUCAUUCCUGAUCAUCUUCAAGUCACAGGCUCUGAAAGACAUGGGUUGAGUUUUGGAAGCUUUGAUGCCUGUUUCAACGUCGGUUUUGCAAAUGGCGACAAAUGUGACAAGAGUGCUACACAAUUAUCAGGAUCGCUUCAAGAGAACGAAGAAAAUGUUGAGCAGCCUUCUUCAUGGUCAGAUAUUCCAUUGUGUUGUAUUCAUAUUGCAUCCUCAGCUUCUCAAGAAGACCAUCCAGAUCAUAUACAAUCACCCAGACAGAUGCCAGAAAAUUAUUCAUCAAGGGAAGCUGGGAUUUAUGGCACAUCAGCUACAAAAGAGUAUGGCCAAGCCAAACAAGAACCUGUUAUAGCCCCAGAAGAUCCUAAAAUUCCAGUUGUUCCAUCUAUAUCCAUGAAUUCAACAUUUGGAUUGGCACCGCAAAUGUUUGGAAACCAGUUUGUACCCUUCUGGAGCUCCGAGCCUGGGGCAUGUGAUACUACUCUGCCAAACUUUGUGAAUGGGAGCUCUGUUAUUUUAUCUACAGCUGGGUCAACUCCUCUCGCAACUCAAGCAGUUGGUGCCAUGCAGAGUUCUGGUGUUGUUUCCCAGCAACCAGUUCCCAUAUUUCGGCAAACUGCUGGUGUACAUUUAUCGCAUUAUCCAAUUUCAUAUGGUCAAUAUCUCUCACCAUUCUAUGUUCCACCUCCUGCCCUUCACCCUUUUCUGAGUAGCGUUGCGUUCCCUCAGCAACCUCAUAUUGGCAGCAUGUAUCCACAUCCUGGAACUGCAGCAGCUGCUGCCCCUGUCAAGUUCUCCCUUUCUCAAUAUAAGCCUGGUCCUAACAUUAGUAGUUCUGCUUUUAUUGGAAUCCCAGCGGGUUAUGGAAGUUCCAACUCCACCCCAACUUGCUACACAUAUAGUCCUGUUGUGAGUAGUGGUAACUCAACUAGCAAGGAGGAUCUCAAUUCAACUCAAUUCAAAGAAAAUAAUAUCUAUAGUUCUGAGCAACAGCAGAGUGAAGGUUCAGCUGCUUGGAUUCUGGCACCUGGGCAGGACAAUUCCAGUCUUCAGACUGCUACUGCUUUCUACGGUAUGCCGCCUCAUAUGACAUUAGCACCCACACAAACUGGCCAUGGUGCCUUGGGUGGGAUCUACCACCCUGCAUCCGCUGCUGUUCAUCCUCUUGUCCAGCAGUCUCAGGCUGCAGCUGGAGCAGUAGAAAUGGUGGGCCCUGCUGCGGGUGUUUAUCAACAGCCACAACAUGCACAGAUAAAUUGGACUGGUAAUUAUUGAGCGGAAAGCUGAGGCUUUGCAACAGUAAGCAAUGAAUCAAAAGGUUUGGAGGCUAGUUUUGAUUGCAUCUGGAAAGCUACUUGGGAAGCCUGAUCCAAAAGGGUGUGGAUAGAUUUCGUUAUCAGAUGUUGCCGAUAGUAGAGGUUAUACUUCAGAGACAUCCUGCUUGUUUGCUCUCUCAGUUGCCGGAGUUGUCCUUAUUGGUGAAAAGCUUAAAUUUUUGUCUUUUGGAUCUUCCUCUUCUGAUGUGCAUCAGAUGACAAAAACUUGGGAGGGGUAACACAUUAAGUUGGUGAGUUAUAAUUCUUUCUAGCGUCGUACCUGUAAAGUAAAUUUUGAUGGCAAGAGAAUGUAUACCCACUGUUGUACUUUGGUAUGAUGGAAAUAACAGUUCAUUAUCAUUUCACUCA